ACACAUGAGAUAUUACAAAGAUGUGACAAAAAUGUUUAGAAAUUAGCGGUAUUUCCUUGACGUUCUCAUUCGAGUAAAACGUACUGGAUAAAAUUUACAUCUGCGGAAACACAUUAAUUUUUGUCAUGCGUGUAUCCAAUAGGAAACUAUGCGUGGAAACCGUUUCAUCUUACGUCAAGCGUUUCACCUAGAUCGAUAACACUAGCUUCACCGCUGGCAUACGGCAUAUCUAAUGAAAUGAUGCGUCUACAACCAUAAGUCAAUGUGUCACAGAUAUUAAACUGAAGUUUUGCGUCGCAAUUUUUCCUUCCAUUUGCUAUCAGAACUUCAACAUUAUUUUCGAACUUUUUAAUGUACGUGAAAUUCCAUUUUAGAAAUCUCUCCCGAAUCGUUACAUUCUCGAAUAAAGUUCCAUAAACGUUCCUCCGGUUUAUUAAAUAAAUCGAGAUUAAGGGGGCGAAUAUAAAUUUUGCUUUUGGACAUUGCUAGGUUCCGUUAUAAUCCAACAUAUAAUAUUUAAAUAUAAUUCAAGAUUGGCCCCCCUGCUAUUUGCAUUCAAAGAAAUCCGCGUUUGCGGUUCACUUCAGUUUACUUAUCGAAGCGAUCGACAAAGAACGUCGAGAACGCCUCUUUCGUUACCCAUUUUGCAUACGUAUGGCAAGAAAACAAUUUAUUAUCAGCCCCGGCGUGCGUUGUGCCUCCCGUCGUAGCACUGGUGACGUAUCGUGGGGAUAAACUCGGAUAAACUCUGCUUAUAUUACGAAGCAGGUGGAGACGCCGUAUCGCGUCGCAUCGCAUCGCAUCGCGCCGUGCCGGUCGUGCCGCGCGCGCGAGUGCCGCGAGUGCAACUUCAGUAAACCUCCGGCCGUUCCGCGGAACGGAGCGGAGUGGAUCGCGAUUCGAGGAUGGGUCUUUUCGCUCACGUCGUAUCGGUCGUCUCGAGUCACGCGAUUGACACGACGGACCGCAUUUGAAAUCCGACAGUUCUCCCUGUGCAGACUCCUGCGGGUCUGAUGGCUCCAUGUGCCUGAAACCGGAAACAUUUGUUUAAUUUCAGCGAGUCGGACAUGGCGCCCAACGCGGAGGAGGAGCUGCUGGUCGUGAAACCGUGGGGACCGCAACCGGAAAAGGAACGUUUGAGGCCGCCCACGUACAACGCCGAGGACUACGCGAUCGCGCUGAGACGAUGGGGAAGACGGCCACUGGGGACCGUUCAGGACUCCCAGGGUACCUUGCCAUCGACAACCAGUUCGAGUUCCGGCUAUGCAUCCGGAAGCGGCGAGAUGACCCUGCGACAAUUCACGUCGGUCAGCGAGUUGCUGAACAAACUCCGAGCCGACCUUAGGCUUGCUUUUCCCAGCUUCGUGCAGGAAUUCGCCUCUCCGCCGGCGGACGGGAUCACCCUGUUGCUGGAGACUCUGCGCGGUGUUCAACUGGCCCAGAGCUCGCCACCGAACUCGGGGCAGACCGGUCCACGCGUUGGCACCCGAAGAGCCGCCCUGGAUGAGCUGGGAUGUGUCGAGUGUCUGGCCGCGUGUGGCGAACGAUGCGCCGAUGCGCCACGGCUGCUAGUGCAGGCGCAACCCGGCCUCCUGGCUCUCGCGGUCUGUCUAACCAGUAGCCUGAACCGGUCCCGGGUUCUGGCUCUUCAGCUCUUGACGAAAGUGUGCCAGGCGCCAGGUGGACACGCGGCCGUCUCGGAAGCGGUGUCGACGCUGAGGCUCAAGUACGGGGAAGGCGGAAGAUUCCGUUUUCUGGCGGGCGCCCUUCUAGCUCCCAGGGCGGCGAUCGCCCUGAGGGUCGCGGGAGUCUCGUUUCUAAACGCCUUCUUGAGAUCCGCGCCUCGCACGCAAACCAGGUUGUACAUUCAGGCUGAAGCCUGCGAAGCUGGCCUAGAGCCGCAGGUUCUUCAGGAAUGGCUGAGGGAAUUUGACGGGUGCGAGGAAGACGCCUUAACUGAUUUAUUGCACAAGGAAGUCCAGAAGUGGACGCACAACUGCGUAGACGUGGACGCGCUGCAGCACAGGGUAAUGCGCGCCGAGGAAACCUGCAGGAUACUUAGCAAAAAGGUCUCGCUUCUGCAAAUGCAGCUCGAGAAGCGGAACGAUCGCAGCCUGGAACAGCAAAAUCAAGAAUCCACGACGCCGAUCGUUCUCACCACCACAAAGAGUCCAAAGGUAUCCUCAAACGCGGAGGACGAGGGUAUCAGUUCUUCGGAGAGAUCCAGCAGCCCCGAAGAUACGAAGCACCAGACGAGGACCGCUCUCCAGAAAGCAUCGGCGACGCAGAACAACGAUCAGGAAACGACGAUAGACGAUGUGAUCGAGGAGCUGAGAAUCAUCGUGAAAGACGCCGAGGAAAAGUUCAGCGAUAAGAGUCAGGAGCUGAACCAUCGCGCCAACGCCGAUCAGGAGAUUGUUCGCAACGGGCAGGAAUCAACCGCCGAUAAAUUACACAGGACCAAUUCGAAGAUCUCGGUGAACAACUCCGAGACUUAUACGUACGACAAGGUAUCCAAGAGAGACCGACACGUGGACGUGUCGAAGACGCGAAGAUCAAACGCGGGCUCCAGCGUGUCUCAGGGUCCGAUGAAAGGUGAGCAAGUGACUUACUUUGGCAAUCAGGAACAGGAUUACAGCACGGAUUCGAGCGGCACAAAGAGGCUGAGCCCUGGCGGGCCGCAUAGGUCGUCCAAGACGUCGAUAGAAGGUAGCGUGAAGAUUGUCGUCAAGGGACCGGACGUGGAAGAAGCGAUAGUACCGACAAUUCUGCACCCACAACCGCCCAGGCGAGCCCCUCCCUGCCUGUCAACAAUCAUGGCUAGCAGACAUUGCGACUUUGGCGAUCACGCGGAAAUCUACAACUCUCACGACGAAGAAGCCGAGGAGGAGACCUUAGGUGAUGGCAGCGACUCUUUGCUGAGCGCCUCCAGGCUCAAGUAUAAUGGCAAGCAUCAUCACAUGUACAAUGAGCAAACGAGGACUCUUAACGUCGAUCAGUCGCAGAAACAAGCCAAGAGUGACACCAUUUUAAUCGGAUCGAAUCAUGUGGACGUCAAGUUCAGAAAGAGUCUCGAUGAUCUGCGUCAUUUUGAGGAGAGCGACACGAGGAACAAGAAAACGCUGAGGAACUAUGAGGUUUCAAACGGAUCGAGAAUGAUUACGGACGUCGGACAAAUCAACGUUUACAGACAAUUCGAGUCCGUCGUUGCCAAGGGGUUUGAAACAUCCUCCGGACGAUCGGCCGAUCAGCGGACGAUUCAUCGGCACAGCUCCAAGUACAGAAGCGAAGUGGAGAAGAAGAGAAAAUACUUACGUCGCUCGGCCAGCCAUGAUUAUCUCGAGUCGAAUGUGUCAAGUCCGCAGUCGAGGCGGUCGGGUAGUAAAGUGGAGUGUCGCAUCCGGAAAUUCGAGAGUCUGAACUCCUUCGAUGAGCACCGCAGCUUGCAGAAUUACGAACGAUCGAACAUCUCGGAGGGUCUCAGUAAACGAGAGCAAACGCUGCUGCUGCUGGAUCCCGUGCGAUCAAAGAUGUGCCGGUCAGAGUCGUUCCAUCACGUCUCCCAUCACGCGUCAUCAAAGAAAGAUCAGUGCUCGUCGAAGGGGGAGAGUGACAGCGGUCUCUUCUACGUGACAGACUUUAAUCUGGAGCCCCUCGUCACGAGGCGACCGCGAUCGAUCGACGCGCCAAAGUCACCUAGUCUGCUGACGAAAUCUCUGGACAGGAUUGACGAGGGCCUGGAUUCGAUGGUUGACAUUGUCAUCACACAAGAGCAGAGUCAGUGGAAUAAGCGUCAGUCGAAGGCGAACAGGGUCUCCCGCGAUGACAGGCAGCUAACGAGAUCACGAUCGACGAAGCUCGACGAUUUUCGAGGUAACUCCCCCGAGUAUUCCAACGUUCCACAGGCAAAGCGAGAUAGUAUCCCUUCCAAAAGCAAGCAUCUGAAGAACGACGAACUAUGCCACGUCAACAAUAAGCAAUUGAGGAGCGACGAGCUAUACGAGGAACAGAGAAAUCGCGAGUGGAAUUAUCAUAACGAACUGAAUUACGCGAGGAGCAAGGGCGAGAACAGUCCAGAAGACUCGCCGAUAAUACUAUCGCAAAAUGGCAUGAGGCACAAUUCCUUCUGCCAGAAGGACAACAUAGGCAACAAGUUCUCCGGCAGACCGAACGAAUCGGGGAUCUUUGCUGGGCGAACGUAUGACACAUUCGGUCUCGGCAAGAGUCGUUUCAACGCGGGAAAAUACUCUGGGAAUCAGCAGAUCAAGGAGAGUCCGAUAGGCCGAAGAAACACGACCUCCUCGCUGAUGGCGAAACGCGGGAAGGUGACGGACGUCGUCUCGGGUCUUUAUUGAACGCUUCUGUAUUGUACGUAGCUCUAAAAAGCGAAAGGAAGCUAUUCGCAUCGCCAUUAUUUCUCCAUGUAGAACAGCGACUAAUUCUCAUUUAACUUAUUUAAAGAAAAAAAUGAACGAUGCAUCUUAUCGAUUAAUAUAUGAAUGAAUAGAGAUGAUUAAGAUAUCAAGAUAAUCCUGAGUGCAAUAUUUUUGAGUAUUAUUACGAUGUUAUACACCUGUAACAGUUUACAUUUACACGAAAUACGCAUAUUUUCAUAACGUUAAUUUUCCAGGUGAUGGACUCUUAUGUGCCUUCACUACGUUGUGUGAUAUGGGUUUUAUUUAACAACGUUUGUAAAUGCAAUAGUAGUGCAAGUGCCAAUUAAGACUGUAUACUUGGUAGAUUUCUACACGUUAUAUGUAUAUAUAAAUGUGGAGAUGAUCGAAACGUAGAUAUUUAUAACGCAUCACGGAAAUAACGCUUAGGUGAGACAGCAGGAUUAUUAACUUUUCAAAUUACAAAAAUUAUUGUUCUUUGCGUUAGGGAAGUAAGAAUAAGAUGUUUUUAUUAAGAAAUGACUUUAUUUCCUACAUCGCUUUUAAUUUAUUAUUUCGUGUGCUUAAUAUCAGUCAAAUAAGAGAUUGUAACUAUAUAACAUUCUGUUUAAUAAAAUUCAGUUUUUCUUCCUG